AUGCAUGGAUAUCACCUGAAUCUUCUUACAAGUGCUUAAAUUGUAUGUAAACUUACCCUAAACAUGAGUGGCUCCAAACCUGAUAUUCUGUGGGCCCCACACCAUGUUGACAGAUUCGUUGUAUGCGAUUCAGAAUUGAGCCUUUAUCACAUUGACUCUGCUGUAAGUUCAGAACUCAAGGCAGGGUCCUUGCGGUUAUCAGAAGAAACGACAGCUACACUACUGUCAAUAAAUUCAGAUACACCGUAUAUGAAAUGUGUGGCUUGGUAUCCGAAGUACGAUCCCGAAUGUCUCCUUGCUGUUGGACAGGCCAAUGGUCGAGUGGUACUUACUAGCCUCGGUCAAGAUCACAACUCAAAAUCUAAAGAUCUGAUAGGCAAAGAAUUUGUUCCCAAACACGCACGUCAAUGCAAUACCCUCGCGUGGAACCCACUAGACAGCAACUGGCUUGCUGCUGGGCUGGAUAAACAUCGGGCUGACUUUUCAGUAUUGAUCUGGGAUAUCAGUAGCAAAUAUGCCCCAGACACAGCAGUUGCUACAGAGAAAGUAAGACUUGCAGCAGGAGAUCCAGAAGGAGGACUGGUAGUAACAAAGCCACUGUAUGAAUUGGGACAGAACGAUGCUUGUCUCUCUCUCUGUUGGCUUCCACGGGAUCAGAAGCUGCUUUUAGCUGGAAUGCAUCGAAAUCUGGCUAUCUUUGAUCUGAGGAACACAAGCCAAAAAAUAUUUGUAAACACCAAGGCUGUCCAAGGAGUGACUGUCGAUCCCUACUUCCACGAUCGUGUAGCUUCCUUCUAUGAAGGUCAGGUUGCCAUAUGGGAUUUAAGAAAGUUUGAAAAGCCAGUUUUGACCUUGACAGAGCAACCAAAACCCUUAACAAAAGUCGCAUGGUGUCCAACAAGAACUGGACUGUUAGCUACAUUAACGAGGGAUAGUAAUAUCAUUAGACUGUAUGACAUGCAGCAUACUCCCACCCCAAUUGGAGAUGAAACUGAGCCAACAAUAAUUGAAAGAAGUGUCCAGCCGUGUGAAAACUACAUUGCUUCAUUUGCCUGGCAUCCCACAAGUCAAAAUCGAAUGGUAGUAGUGACUCCCAACAGGACAAUGUCUGACUUCACAGUUUUUGAAAGAAUUUCUCUUGCCUGGAGUCCAGUGACAUCCUUAAUGUGGGCUUGUGGACGACAUUUAUAUGAAUGUACAGAAGAAGGAAAAGCUAGUUCCUUGGAAAAAGACAUAGCCACCAAAAUGCGGCUUAGAGCUCUAUCAAGGUAUGGUCUUGAUACUGAACAAGUUUGGAGAAAUCACCUCCUAGCUGGAAAUGAAGAUCCUCAGCUGAAAUCGCUUUGGUACACUCUGCAUUUUAUGAAGCAGUAUACUGAAGAUAUGGAUCAAAAACUUACAGGAAAUAAAGGUCCCUUAGUUUAUGCUGGCAUUAAAUCAAUUGUGAAGUCAUCUUUGGGAACAACAGAGAACCUCAGGCACAGCAGGAGUGGAUCUGAUAGACAGGCAGAUAUUAUUCAGUAUCUGAGUGAGGAGAGGUCCUUGGCUUUACAGCUCUGUGGGUGGAUAAAGAAGGGAAUGGACUUAGAUGUGGAACCUUUUUUAAAUUCAUUGGAACAGGAAGGAGAUUGGGAGCGAGCUGCUGCUGUAGCACUUUUCAACUUGGACAUACGGAGAGCAAUACAGAUUCUAAAUAAAGGGGCUUCCUCGGGAAAAGGUGAUCUGAACCUUAAUGUAGUAGCAAUGGCUCUAUCAGGCUACACAGAUGAGAAGAACUCACUUUGGAGAGAAAUGUGCAGUACUCUAAGACUGCAAUUGAACAAUCCCUACUUGUGUGCUAUGUUUGCUUUCCUGACAAGUGAGUCUGGUUCAUAUGAUGGUGUUUUGUAUGAAAAUAACAUGGCUGUACGAGACAGAGUGGCAUUUGCUUGCAAGUUCCUCAAUGAUGCUCAGCUGAACAGGUUCAUUGAAAAGCUGACGAAUGAAAUGAAAGAUGCUGGGAAUUUGGAGGGAAUACUGUUAACAGGGCUGACAAAAGAUGGAGUUGACUUGAUGGAAAGUUAUGUUGACAGAACUGGAGAUGUCCAGACAGCAAGCUACUGUAUGCUACAGGGUUCUCCAUCGGACGUACUUAAGGAUGAGAGGGUUCAGUACUGGAUCGAGAACUACCGGAAUCUUUUAGACGCUUGGAGGUUUUGGCAUAAACGUGCAGAAUUUGAUAUCCAUAGGAGUAAGCUGGAUCCCAGUUCAAAACCAUUAGCCCAGGUGUUUGUGAGUUGCAACUUCUGUGGAAAAUCAAUCUCCUACAGCUGUUCAGCUAUUCCUCAUCAGGGGCGAGGUUUUAGCCAAUACGGAGUUAGUGGUUCACCAACUAAGUCAAAAGUUACAAGCUGUCCCGGUUGCCGUAAACCCCUUCCUCGCUGUGCACUUUGUUUGAUAAAUAUGGGAACACCAGUUUCCAGCUGUCCAGGAGGAUCCAAGUCAGAUGAAAAAGUGGAUCUUAGCAAAGACAAGAAGUUAGCCCAGUUCAACAACUGGUUUACUUGGUGUCACAACUGUAGGCAUGGCGGACAUGCUGGGCAUAUGCUUAGCUGGUUCAGGGACCAUACUGAGUGCCCGGUUUCUGCCUGCUCUUGUAAGUGUAUGCAGCUGGAUACAACAGGGAAUCUCAUUCCAGCAGAGAUGGUCCAGGCAUAAAUGUUGUUGGAAAAUGUGGAACUCUCUAAUGGAUGUCCAUCAUAGUCCAAGCAUAUAUUUUAGACAAAGGUCAUUUGUGACUUACAGUGAAAAAAUAAAUUGCUAUCAGAUUAGUAAAAUGAUGUGUGUAUGACUGUGCUUGGUAGAAAUCAGUAAUUCCUGAAAUGAGGAAUGUGGUCCUUCUUCAGAGGAUUGAAGCAGUUCAAAAACACUCCUGGAAUUGUGGGCUCUCUGGAUUUGCUAAAAUCCAAGGAACUUUUUAA